CCAUGGAGCUCUGCUCCGCCGCCAAGCCGCUCAAAUGAGUGGCAAGCCCUGCGAGCGGCGGACGCAUGCGCAGUCGAUAAAGCACAUUCGAAUCGAACGCUAGCAGCGGUACCGUACCGCCAGACUCGAUUGCAGUUCCCAUUCAUAUCCAUUCAUACGGUUUCGGUUUCGGUUUCAGUUUCGUUUUCAGUUUCGUUUUCGGCGUUUUUUGAAAGCUUUUUGGUUGGAAAGAAAGUGCUGUCUUUCUUUCCUCAGUCGCCGAUCCUUGGGCAGCUUUCAUUUUCAUUUUCAUUUUUGCUUCGAUCGAUCGCGAACCGGUUGGGCUUCUGAUCGGUUACCCAGUACCCAGUACCCAGUUACUUAAUCCCAGCGUGCGGCGUUCAUGUAACCAUAAUCCUGGUCUGGUCAGCAUGCGACGGGAGCGAGUGGAGCGAGUGGUGCUGCUGUGUCUGACGCUGCUCGGAUUGCUGCAGGUGUCCAGGGCCACUGUGCGUCAGUCGCGCGAAAUCAUCAUCACAGAUGCGGUGCGGCGCAUCCAGAACGACGGCUACAACGUGGAGCGCCACUCGGUGACGACGAAGGACGGCUACGUGCUGACCCUGCACCGCAUCCCGCAGGUGGAUCCCGAGCUGGGCACUCUGCUGCGGCGCCCUGUUGUCUUCCUGCUCUCCGGAUUGUACGCCUCAUCGGAUGUAUGGCUCCUGAAUGGACGCGAGGACUCGUUGGCCUACCUCCUGUGGCGGGCCGGAUACGACGUGUGGCUGGGCAACAACAGGGGCAACAUCUACUGCCGGAAGAACAUGUGGCGGAACACGACGGAGCGCGAGUUCUGGGACUUCAGCUGGCACGAGAUGGCCGUCUACGACAUGCCCGCCCAGGUGGACUACAUUCUCCGGAGCACCGGGCAGCGGGCAAUGCACUUCGUGGGCAUCUCGCAGGGCGGCACCGUCUUCCUGGUGCUCAACUCGAUGCUGCCGCAAUACAAUGCCGUCUUCAAGAGCGCCACCCUGCUGGCGCCGGUGGCCUAUGUGAGCAACACGAAGAGCGGGCUGGCCAAGGUCAUCGGCCCGGUGCUGGGCACCCGCAACUAUGUCUCCAAAAUGCUCGAGGGCGUGGAGAUGUUCUCCACGAACAAGUUCUUCAAGAAGUUCCUCUCGAUGACGUGUCUGGAGAACGAGAAACCGCUGGUCUGCAUCAGUCGGCUGUGGCCAGCCGUUGGCUACGACACCCGGUUCCUCAACAAGACCCUGCUGCCCGACCUGAUGGCCAACUUUCCGGCGGGCGGAUCGGUGAAGCAGCUGAUGCACUACUUCCAGGGUUACGUGUCCACACGCUUCCGGCAGUACGACUACGGCCCGGAGCGCAACUGGCUGCACUACCAGCAGCUGGAGCCACCGGACUACGCGCUGGAGAACGUGUCCACGCCAGUCACGGUCUUCUUCUCGGAGAACGACUACAUCGUGGCACCGGCGGACAUCUGGCGCCUGCUCACCCGGCUGCCCAACGUGGUGGCCGUGUACAAGGUGCCCUGGAAGCGCUGGAACCACUUCGACUUCAUCUGCGGACUGGGCGUCAGGGAGUACAUCUUCGACAACAUUGUCCUCUCCAUGAACCGCUAUGAGCAGCGGCGACGCUGACGGAACGCAGGAGACGGGAGGAUCAGGAUGACGGGCCGGGAAAGGUCACAGCCAGAACUAUCACUAGUGCCAAAAACAAAUUGUAGAAUUACGAAACUGAGUCUGCGGUUGAUUCGGCUAGAUCAACUUUGGAUAUAUGUACUGAUUAAUAAAUAAAUAAUUUAUAGUUUAGACUAAA